AUUUUUACCACAAAUCGCGGCCAAGCAGGGCGAGACGGAUCCGCCAUCACCGUUCAACCCUCGACACCGAUUUAAACCCAACGGAAGCGGGAGAACGGCGAGAUGCCGGGUUUUAAUACGGAAUUGGGCGCCGCCAUGUUGUACGGCAGGAGGAGGCUGAGGAGAACUUCCGGUUCGGUGGGGGAGCGGCCCCUCAGCGGUGGCGGAGCGGGGGCUCCCCCACCACAAACUCCCAAAAUUCCUUAAAAAUUCCCCAAAAAAUGGAUUGAAGCCACUCCCCACCCUUGGAUGGCCCCCUGGAAUUUUGGGGGAUCCCAAAAUGGGGGAUUCGGAAAAUCCCGGGAAUCCCCCCAAGGAGGACGAGGAGGAGGAGGAGGAGGAGGAAGAGGAGGAAGAGCUGGACCCCCGGAUCCAGGAGGAGCUGGAGCACCUGAACGAGGCCAACGCUGAGAUCAACCGGGGGGAGCUGGAGCUGGAUGCCGCCCGGUGCCGCUAUCGCCGCAUCCUCUCGGAUUCCGCCCGGAAGUUGAACUCCCAGGGCUCCCAGCUGGGCACCUGCAUCGACAGAGCCCGGCCCUACUACGAGGCCCGCAGGAGAGCCAAGGAGGCGCAGCAGGAGACGCAGCGGGCGGCGCUGCGCUACGAGCGGGCGGUGGGGAUGCACAACGCGGCGCGGGAAAUGGUCUUCGUGGCCGAGCAGGGAAUGGGCACCGGCACGAACCGCCUGGACCCCACCUGGCAGGAGAUGCUGAACCACGCCACCAGGAAGGUGAACGAGGCGGAGCAGGAGCGGCUCUGCAGCGAGCGGGAGCACCAGCGCGUGACGCGGCUCUGCCAGGCGGCCGAGGCCGAGGUGCAGCGGCUGCAGAAAUCCCUGCGGCGCGACAUCGCCCGCAGCCGGCCCUACUUCGAGCUCAAGGCCCAGUUCAACCAGCGGCUCGAGGAGCACAAAUCCCGGGUGAAUUCCCUGGAAUCCGCCGUCUCCCAGGCCAAGCUCCGCUACUCCGUGGCCCUGCGGAACCUGGAGCAGAUCAGCGAGGAGAUCCACGCCCGGAGAUUCCAGAGGAUCCUCCGGAAAAAAAAACACCGGGAAAACCCCCUGGGAGCCGAGGGCGGCCCCCAGAACCCCGAAAUCCACGGAAUUCCCGGAGAAAUCCCUGGAAUUCCCAGCGAAAACCCCAAAAUUCCUGAAGAAAUCCACGGAAUUCCCGGAGAAAUCCCGGCUGGAAUGGGCAGAAUUCCUGGCCAAAAUCUUGGAAUUCCCGGUGAAAAUCCCAAAAUUCUCAGUGAAAAUGUUGGAAUUCCCAGGGAAAUCUCAGCUGGAAUGGGAAGAAUUCCUGGAAUUCCGAGUGAAAAUCUCAGAAUUCCGACGGGAAUUCCUGGUGAAAGUCCCGGAAAUUCCAGCGAAAUCCCAGCCAGAAUGAGCAGAAUUCCCGGAAUUCUGAGUGAAAAUCUCAGAAUUCCGAGUGGAAUUCCUGGAAUUCCCGAUGAAAUCCCAGCUGGAACGUGCGGAAUUUCCGGAAUUCCGGCAGAAAUCCCUGGAAUUCCGCAGGAAAUUCCCGGAAUUCCGCAGGAAAUGUCGACGUCCGGGGAUUCGCUGUCGCUGCUGAGCCUCCAGACCAUCGCCUCAGACCUGCAGAAAUUCGACUCCGUGGAACAUUUGGCGGGAAUUCCCGGAAUUUCGGGAAUUCCGGACGCGCUGAGCCUGCACAGCGAGGAGCUGGGGGGAGGGCCGGGAGAGGCGGCGGAAUUUCCGGCACCACCGGAGCGUCAGCCUCUGAGUUUGGGGGGAAAUCCGGGAAUUCCGAGGGGAAAGGCCAGGAAAUACAGAGAAAUCCAAUGUAAUUCUAAAAAAAUCCCAAUGAAAUUCCACAAAAAUCCCAGGAAAUCCCACAAAAUCAAAAAAAACCCUGAGAAAUCCCCAAAAAUUCCAACGAAAUCCCACAAAGUUCCAAGGAAAUUCCAAAAAAUCCCAUGGAAAUCCCACAAAAUCCCAGAAAAACCCAAAGCAUUUCAAGGAAAUCCUGGAAAAUUCCAGGAAAUCCCAAAAAGUCCCCAAAAAAUCCCAGGAACUCCCAAAAAUUCCCAAAAAAUCCUCAGGAAAUCCUGAAAAAUUCCCCAAAAUUC